UUAUUGCCGAGUCCACAGCUGCAUUCAAAGCAUUCUCACUUCUCACACUCCUCUCUCUCUCUCUCUCCCUUCUCUUCUUCAUCUCUUCCAUUCAUCUUCAUAUAUGGCCUCACCUAGUGGACUCUCCUUUGAUCCAGAUCCCAUCAGGCACCUCCCCUACAAACCCCCUUCUUCUGAACCCACCCAAAACCACCGCCACCGCCUCCAUGAACCCCCUCGCCACCGCAAGUUCAUAAAGCUCGAGCCUUUUCUCUCCCCGCCGUCCAUGGAGUCUCCGGUCAACAACAGAUCGCCUCCCCCCACUAUCCAAUUCCCGGUCAACCGUAACUGCUCCGACCAUCGUCGCCAUACCCAUGACCAAGAAGACCACGAUCAUAAAACGACCGUCUUAGGUGAGAUGGACUUCUUUGCAUACACCAAGGAUAAUAAUAAUGGAGAUUCCAGGGCCUCCGCCGUUGAUGAUGACGUUAAAGAUUUGCGCACCUCCACUGAAUUGGAUUUCAGUAUUAACACGGGUUUGCAUCUUCUCACGGCGAACACCAAUAGUGAUCAGUCAAUAGUGGAAGAUGAGUUGUCACCGAAUUCAGAAGACAAAAGAGCUAAAAGCGAGCUGGCGGUUGUGCAAGCUGAACUGGAGAGGAUGAACGGCGAGAAUCGACGGUUGAGGGACACGUUGAAUCAGGUGACCAACAAUUACACUUCUCUCCAGAUGCAUGUGAUGACGUUAAUGCAACAACAACAACAACAACAGCAAAGCCAUGGGAAAACGGAGGAGUCUAAGCAGACCCGCCAAAAUAAUGGAGGCCAAAUGUUGCCCAGACAAUUCAUGGAUCUCGGUCUUGCUGCCGGAGGAGGAGGAGGGCCCACCGAGGCCGAUGAGGCGUCGCUGUCGUCGUCGGAGGGGCGGAGCGGCCGGGAAGGGUCGCAGUCGCCGACCAACAAUUUAGACGAGGCAUCCCGAGCGGACAGCCCGGAAAAAGGGUCCGGUUGGAGGUCUAAUAAGGUCGCUAGAUCUGGGCAUGCUUCCAAAAGCGGUAACAUUGAUCAAGCCACCGAGGCCACCAUGCGAAAGGCUCGUGUCUCCGUUCGAGCUCGAUCCGAGGCUCCCAUGAUUACAGAUGGUUGUCAAUGGAGAAAGUAUGGCCAGAAAAUGGCGAAGGGAAACCCGUGCCCUAGAGCUUAUUACCGGUGCACCAUGGCCGCUGGUUGCCCAGUUCGAAAACAAGUUCAAAGAUGCGCAGAGGAUAGGACAAUCUUGAUCACAACUUACGAAGGGAACCACAACCACCCACUGCCGCCGGCGGCCAUGGCAAUGGCAUCCACGACAUCCUCGGCGGCGAAGAUGCUGUUGUCGGGAUCCAUGCCGAGCGCCGACGGGCUGAUGAACUCAAAUUUCCUAGCGAGAACUCUCCUCCCUUGCUCUUCAAGCAUGGCCACAAUCUCAGCCUCCGCUCCAUUCCCCACUGUUACAUUGGAUCUCACCCAAAACCAAAACCCAAACCAAACCCAAUUCCCCAGACCCCCAAACCCCUUCCAAUUCCCAUUCCCAAACCCGUCCCACAACCCCGCCGCCGCCCUUUUGCCUCAGAUCUUCGGGCAAGCCUUAUAUAACCAAUCCAAAUUCUCCGGCCUUCAAUUAUCUCAGGAUUUGGAAAACAUUCACGCGCCUCCUUCCUCAAUGCCACCUCACCAAUCCUCCCAGCAGAACCCGCUGGCCGACACCGUCAACGCCCUCGCCAGCGACCCCAACUUCACGGCGGCGCUGGCCGCCGCCAUUACUUCCCUCAUCGGAAACCCCUCCCAUUCCGGCAACGCUUCUAACACCUCCAACGCCAAUAAUAACGGCAGCGUUAUUACCAGCAGCAAUGGCAAUGACAAAGUCAACACUUGAAAUUCUAUCUCCAAACCCAAACUGCUAUACAUAUUAAUUACAUACACACAUAUAUGAUCUCUUCUUGCUCUUGAUAAUGUUUUUUCCUUGUCAUAUAUUUGAUUUAGUCAAAUUCCGGUUUUGUUACUUUUCAAGUGUUGUUAUGGGCUUUUGGGACUAUAUUUUUAAUUCUUUUCUUGGGUUAAUAAUGUAAUUAAAUCUUAUGUGGUUUGGUAAAUUUGAGGAUGAUAUGCUUAUACACAUACUUAGCUUGUUACUUUGUUA